CGAAUUGUUUUUAAACUUAUAUAAAUACUGAUACAAAGCUGACAAAGUAUUAACGGAGUUUUGUUAAAUAGGCACAAUGAAUUCAGUUAUUGUUUUUAUUGCCCUGAUUGGGUUAUCUUUCGGACUACCCGGAGGAAAAGUGAAACUCACAGAAAAACAAAUUGAAGAUCUUGAAUCUAAAAACGGAGCAUUCUCUGUAGGUUUAAACGUGGCUAUUGGAAAACUUAACGACGGCAAUGCUAAAUAUCGACAAGUAAGAGACAAGAUUAUUGGUGCAACUUCACAAGUUGUUGCAGGUAUUCGGUAUGAAGUUAAUGUGAAAGUAGUCGAAUCGGUUUGCGAAAACUUACCAAUUAACUCGAAUUUUAUGACAACAAAAGAAUGUCCUGCUAAAGAGAAAUCUGAAGAAAAAGUCUGUAAAGUUACUAUUUGGUACCGUCCUUGGCUUAUUCAAACGAUGGACUCCUUAAUUGUUAACACCUCAUGUAAAUCAGAAUAAAAAUGCUUACUUUUUGA